UAAUUUUCGAAUUCGUUAAGCGUUCGCUCUUACAUUCCGGUCGGGAAGUGAAGAGGGGCGAACACGCGAAGCCCUAAUUCCCAGUCUCAUUCCCCCUCUUCUCCCACUCCUUCGAAGGUGUUCGAGGUUUCUUGGCUCGUGAUCCUGCCAAUGAUGGAGAGCUCGGAGGAGGCCAAGGCGUUGCACAAGGACUGCGUCAAGGUAGCCGUCAACGUCCGGCCGCUCGUCACCACGGAGCUCCUCAUGGGCUGCACCGAUUGCGUCACCGUCGUUCCUGGGGAACCCCAGGUUCAUAUAGGAGCACAUGCAUUUACAUUCGAUCAUGUUUAUGGGAGUUCAGGAUCUCUCUAUUCCUCCAUUUUUGAAGAGUGUGUUCUACCUUUGAUUGAUGCACUAUUUCAUGGAUAUAACGCCACCAUUUUUGCAUAUGGACAGACAGGUUCAGGCAAGACCUACACAAUGGGAACUAACUAUACAGGCGAAGGUGAUAGUGGGGGUAUUAUACCAGAAGUAAUGGACAUGAUAUUUAGAAAGAUUGAUGCCAUGAAGGACACAACAGAAUUUUUAGUUCGAGUAUCUUUUAUUGAGAUAUUUAAGGAGGAAGUCUUUGAUUUGUUAGAUCCACAAUCUCGAACUGAUGGUACUUCUGUAGUCAAACCAGCAGUGCCUAGAGCUCCGAUACAAAUUAGAGAGACAGCAAAUGGUGGGAUAACCCUUGCUGGUGUUACUGAAGCUGAAGUGAAGUCGAAGGAGGAGAUGGCAUCUUAUCUAACUCGUGGGUCCAUUUGCCGUGCAACCGGAAGUACAAAUAUGAAUAAUCAAUCAAGUCGUUCACAUGCCAUUUUCACAAUAUAUGUGGAGCAAAAGAAAGCCAAUAAUGGAUCUUGUAGUGGGAUGGGUAACAAUGAAGUAGCUGGGGAGGACAUAUUGUUUGCAAAGUUUCACCUAGUGGAUCUUGCUGGUUCUGAACGAGCAAAACGAACUGGAGCUGAUGGAAUCCGACUGAAAGAAGGCAUACACAUUAAUAGGGGUUUGUUAGCUCUUGGCAACGUUAUCAGUGCACUUGGAGAUGAGAAAAAGCGAAAAGAUGGGGGACAUGUCCCAUAUCGUGAUAGCAAGUUGACUCGUCUCUUGCAGGAUUCUCUUGGUGGUAAUAGCAAAACAGUUAUGAUAGCUUGCAUUAGCCCUGCUGAUUCAAAUGCAGAAGAGACCAUUAAUACUCUUAAAUAUGCCAAUCGUGCACGCAAUAUCCAGAACAAAGCAGUGAUAAACCGUGACCCAGUGGCUGCUGAGAUGCAAAGAAUGCGUAGUCAAUUAGAGCAAUUGCAGGCCGAAUUACAGUUUUGUCGUGGUGGAGGUGCGCCUUUUGAGGAACUUCAGGUUCUCCGGCAUAAAAUAUCAUUGCUUGAAGCAAGCAAUGCUGAUCUCCGCCAGGAGCUAAAGGAGCGCCAAGAUAUCUGUGAGCACUUAAAACAAUGUGCUUUUGAUGCACAGGUGGAAAAAGAUAAGUUGAUUUUGAAGAUCGAAUCAGCCCGUAGUGGAACGUCCUGGGAUGAGAUUGAUGAAAUGGAAAAAAUUAAGGACUUAGAUCUUACAAAUGGUUAUAUAAAAAAGAUUCAAGAGUUGGAAGCAGAGUUACUACGGGUUCGAAGUUCUUCUCGUCCUUGUGGAAAUUAUUUGAUGAAUUGCCCUGCUUUGGUUGAUAUGGCCUCAGGUUGCAUUGAGAGGACUCUUGAUUUUUCCAUGGAAGUGGAAGAAGAUGAAAAAGAGAGGGAACACUCCAUGUUACAAGAUCAAAUUGAUAAGGAGCUUCGGGAGUUGGACAAACGGCUGGAACAAAAGGAGGCGGAAAUGAAGCAAUUUGCAAAAUCUGAUACAGCAUUUCUUAAACAACAUUAUGAGAAGAAAUUAUUGGAGCUGGAGCAGGAAAAGAAAUUAUUGAUGAAGGAGAUUGAAGAUCUUCGGUUCAACCUUUCAAGUCUGUCAUAUACUUCUGAUGAGAGUGCUGAAAAGCUGAAGGCAGACUAUAUUCAAAAACUGAACAUGCUUGAAACUCAGGUAUCUGAGUUGAAGAAGAAGCAAGAGGCACAAGCUCAGUUGCUGAGGCAAAAGCAGAAGAGUGAUGAAGCAUCUAAAAGGUUACAGGAAGAAAUUCAGAGGAUAAAGUCUCAAAAGGUUCAAUUGCAACAUAAAAUGAAGCAAGAUUCUGAACAGUUUAGGUCUUGGAAGGCUUCACGAGAAAAAGAAGUUCUUCAGCUUAAGAAAGAAGGUCGAAGGAAUGAAUAUGAAAUGCACAAGCUCUUGGCUUUGAAUCAGAGGCAAAAAAUGGUUUUGCAAAGAAAGACUGAAGAAGCUGCUUUGGCAACUAAAAGACUCAAGGAGCUACUUGAAGUGAAGAAGUCCUCUCGUGAGGCAUCUGCAACUGGCAAUGCAAAUGGUCCAGGUAUUCAGGCAUUGGUGCAUGCUAUAGAGCACGAACUUGAAGUAACAUUAAGGGUUCAUGAAGUAAGAUCGGAGUAUGACAGGCAGAUGCAAGAGAGAGCUGCCAUGGCUAAAGAGGUAUCAAGGCUUAAGGAAGAAUCUGAAAUGCUUAAGCGGAAAAUUAUAAGUGAAAGUCCUCAGACAAUGUCUCCAAGUGCCCGAAAUUCAAGAAUUUUAGCUCUUGAAACUAUGUUGAAAACUUCAUCUGGUGCCUUGGUUUCCAUGGCUUCACAAUUGUCAGAAGCUGAGGAGCGUGAACGAGUUUUUAGUGGCAGAGGACGAUGGAAUCAAGUCAGAUCACUUGCUGAAGCAAAAAAUUUAAUGAACUAUUUGUUUAAUUUGGCAUCAUCAUCAAGGUGCCACUUGCACGAUAAAGAAGUGAAAUGCAGAGAACAGGAUUCUGAGAUAACUGAACUCAAGAACAAGUUGGUGGCACUCAAUAUCUCAAAGAGACAAUUGGAAGAACAAUUGAUGGAAGCACGUAACCAGAAUUUGCAGAGGUUAACUGCCAAGAGACGUAAUGAGGAUCCUGCUGGAAGUUCUGGAACUGAUAUCUGUGUUUAUGAGGAAGAUGGACCUUCCAAUGCUAUGCAUAAGGAUCCAAGAGAAACCCAGUGUUCCAGUCAAGGUGUUGAUAAUCUAGAUGAUAUGGAUACAUCAGAAUCUGACAUGUCAGAUGUGUUCAAGUCAGAUGAUGAGGCAUCAGAGGAGUCUCAUUCUGAUUUGAAUGAUGAAGACUGGGUACAAUCUGGAAAAAAGAACAUAAAGAAGCGAUUUAGAAACCAUCAAAAUGGAAAGUCUACAACAGAAGAAAGUCAUACUGUGGAGAACUUAUUGUCGGAGGUACCAAAUGAAAAGGGAAGGAUCGAGGUUGAAAAGGAUGGGCUUGAUCAUUGCUGCUCUUGUUCAAAGGGAUCAUCUUGUAAGACCAUGAGAUGUGAGUGCCUAGCUCUUGGCAGUGGUUGCAGCACUAAUUGUGGGUGUAUUCCUUCAAAAUGUACUAACAGAAAAGGUGGAUUGAUUAAUACUGAUAUGGAUGAAAUAACCAACUCAGAAGCAGCAGGAAGUGGUGGAAGUCAUUCUUCGUUAGAUCAUGCGGAUGAUGUGAAUAGAAAAUUGGUAUCUGAGGGCACAAUGCUUCUGCAGAGUGCACUGAGCAAGAAAACUGUAGAGAAUGAUGUACAACCAAGAAAGCCCUUAUCUAAUAUUGGGAAUACUGCGAUGAACCGAAAUGCAAUGAAACCAGGCAGGAGGAGAAAAUGGCGUAAAUCAACAUUUCAGCUUGUUCCAACUGGACCUUCUCCGCCCUCAAUGCUACAAAACAAUGAAGCUACAACCAUCAGGGAGGAUGUUCCCCUAAGACUGCCUCGAGCAAUGGAUUCUAUGGCCCUAGAUAAUAAUCCUCCUUUCGUGGAUAGGAAUUCCAUCAGAGCUGAUGAAUCUGUGAGCACCAACAAGGAGAUCAGAGGUCUUAUUUCCCAGGGGUUGCGUAAGAAAGCAUCUAAAGAGAAGGAGAACCAUAUGAUAUAAUCAGGCUGGUGAGUUUCUGGCUUGGCUCUCCUGUGCUUCCUUCCAGUCCUUUCAAAACCUUGUACUGAUUAAAUCCGAAUACUGCCAAUUUCAUGGAUCUCGUGGUUCAAGAAAUAUAAUGGAUUGUAAUGAUUGUUUUGGAUCCUGUAAUUAGUUCCCAGUGGCAUUCAAACUUCUCAAUAAUCAAAACAUUCGUGACGAGCACAAUCUAUAAUGCCCCAUCUAUAUAGGUUGUCCAAUCCAAAUAUCAUUGAUUGCAAGACCAAGAUGUUUGAUCCUUGCAAAAUGUAAUUUGUAAAAAAAAUACAAAUAUUCUUUUGGUUAACUGU